GAGAGAUGUGUACCGUAAUUGGAGCGUGCAGUCCACUCGCGUAUAUUCAAACAGUUUCUGUGAAGUCCAAUCCAAGCCCAAAGCGCGCACACAGAGCCUCUGGGUUCAGUCAAAUUCUGGUCUUCCCUUUCAAAACCAAAUUCAACAACAAUUCUCUCUCUAGAAAAGGUUUGUAAAAUCUCGCCACGUUCUGAGAAAACCCAGAUUGGUUUAUGAAUCCUUUGCUUCUUCUGCAACAUCUUAACAACACCCACCUCUGCUUCUCUGGGCUUCAAUUUGACCCAUCUUCUCCACGUUCAUCUGGGUUUGGUUGUCUGUAAUCGGAUCCAUCUUGAAUGUUCCAGAAAUGGAUGAUGAGAUUGUCGAUGAACACUCAUUCAUUGACAUUGGAAAUGGAAGCAGCCCAGCAGAGGAUGACUAUGUGGAUACGUUACUUGCAAAAGAGAUGAGUUUCGGGUUUAGAAAUGAUAAAUCUUUGGUGUUUGGGAACUGGGUCAAAUGCGCUCGUUUGGAAGCAAUUGCAUGGAUUCUCAAAACCAGAGCUGUGUUUGGAUUCGGUUUCCAGACUGCUUAUCUUUCAAUUAUGUACUUCGAUCGGUUCCUUUCCCGGCGGGCCAUUACUAACGAGAAGGUGUGGGCAGUUAGGUUACUGGCAGUGGCUUGUCUUUCUUUAGCGGCGAAAAUGGAGGAAUUGAAGGUUCCAGCUCUUUCAGAAUUUCCAGUGGAAGAUUUCAACUUUGAAAGCAAAGUAAUCCAAAGAAUGGAGCUUUUGGUGUUGAACACAUUGGAAUGGAAGAUGGGUUCCACAACUCCCUUCUCUUUCAUUCCUUAUUUCAUAUCUAAACUAUCCAUUGAAUCCCCACCAAGCAAUAAAGUUUCUCAGAUUGUUGAACUCAUCUGGGUUUUGAUUAGAGAAAGAAGCACAGAAAACCAUCGGCCUUCUGUAGUAGCAGCAGCCACAGCCAUUUUAGCAGCAAUGGAUGACAGAUUAACAAGGAAAGCCUUGGAAAUGAAGAUGAAUACCAUUUCUCAAUGUAGAUAUCUCGAAAUAGAAGAUGUGGUUUCAUGUUACAAUCUGAUGCAAGAACUGAGAUUAGAAAAAUGCAGAGAAGAAGCAGAAUGUUUGAAAUCGCCAGAUUUAUCACCAACCCAAAUGAAAUCAAUGGAUUGUUCAUCAAAUUCAUCAGUAACAUCAGCGAUUGCAUCAAAAAGAAAACGGCUAAACUUCAGUAACUGUGAUGAAGAAUGUGGUGUGAGUGAAGCAAAGCGGCUCCGUUAAGAGAAACAAAAAAUGAGGAAUGUUUUUUUUGUUUGUUUAAAUUUUCUCCUUCUCACAAAUGACUUGUGAUGAUUAUUAGGGGGUUUUAUGAUACAAUAAUGGGUUGAUUUGUUGGUUUA